CCACCUGCUUGGAAGGGCCAACUACCGGCAGCUGUUCUGAAUGGGCCUAUCACCAAUGGCCUCCAGAACAGCCACUCAGUGUCUGCAGAGCUGCCGGCCCUCGAGCAGCUAGUUCCUCUAUUCUCUAUGGCCAUGGAAGACUCCACAGAGACCCUCACAGACAAAGCAGAGGCCCCACCAACACUGCCCCAGAGCAGGAGAGAAAGUCUGGGCCAGACCCAGGCCCCAGAGUGGGCCUUACCCCAGGCCCAGACCCAUGCCCAGGGAGCGGAGAGAGAAGGGAAGAGGACAGAGGUUGUAAGUGGUAGAGAGCUGGUGCCUCUGAGAGAAUGUGUAGUAGCAGUACCAACAGUAGCAAUGGCCUCCGCAUCUACAGUGCCCCCUGUUGACAACAGCCAGGUAGUGGCAGUGCGACACCCGGUCUCCCAGAGCCAACUGAGUGUCAGUGAGGAGCUGUCUCUCCUGGGCUCCCACUGGGAGAGUGUCCAGGGCCUGGUCCAGUCUGGCCUCCCAGCCAAUCUCUCCUCAGGUCUCUGUCGGGCCCUCCAGCCCACCGCCUACCAGAGUCGACGCCUGGCUGGCAAGCUGCUCCGUGCCCAGGGCAUGGCCGUGUCCAACGGGUUGCCUAACGGGGGUUCGCAGUGCUGCCGCAGGGAGAAGGAGGAAAGGGUCCGUGGCCCGGCCCCAGCCAGCUCCAGCCCAGUCCAGUCAGGGUCAGGCUGGCUCUCUGCAGUCAGAAGCAGCUCAGGCUAUGCUGCCAUCUGCAGUCAAACCAGCACCAGCACUCCACCCACCUCUUCAACCCGCCAGUUCUUACCAGCCUCUCCCUUCUCCCCGCCCUCCCCGGCCUACCUGGAUGAUGACGGGCUGCCGGUGCCCAUGGACGCGGUGCAGCAGCGUCUCAGGCAGAUCGAGGCGGGAUAUAAACAGGAAGUGGAAGUGCUGAGGAGACAGGUGCGCCAGCUGCAGAUGAGGCUGGAGAGACAGUACGGCAUGCCGCCCUCUGAGCCUGACGUCAACUACGAGGACAACAUUACGUGUUUGCGUGAGUCAGACGACAGUGACGAGGAGGAAAGUCUGUCGGAUCACAGCGAGGACUGCUUCUCCGAGGGCAGCUGGGACAGAGUAGACCAGAAGGACACAGAGGUCACCAGGUGGGUGCCCGAUCACAUGGCCUCCCAUUGUUUCAACUGUGACUGUGAGUUCUGGAUGGCCAAGCGACGACAUCACUGCAGGAACUGUGGCAAUGUGUUCUGUAAAGACUGCUGCCACCUGAAGUUGCCCAUCCCAGACCAGCAGCUGUACGACCCUGUCUUAGUGUGUAACGUCUGCUAUGACCUGCUGCUGGAAGCUAGGAACAGAGAGAUCUGCAGCCAGCAGCUCAAGAAGCCCAUCGCCACAGCCUCCAGCUGAGAGACAGGAGAUAAAGCCCCUUACUGAGUGUCCCAGUCCUGGCUCAGUCUGGCCUGGCCUAGUUCAGUUUGGCCCGGUUAGAACCUGGAUCAGCACCUUCUUGGAUCAGCUUGAGCCAUGUGCCCUGCUCCUUACUACCCUAACAUGGUCUGGUCUUGGCUGUGUGGGAAGAUGAGGAGGACUUGUGGUUGCUCUGUGGCAGGGAGGCGAAGCUUGAGAAUGGAGAGAGGCCACUGACCACUGGGGAUGAGAGACUGACUGAGGAGUGGAAGAAGAUAGGGCAUGACAGUGAAUUAACUGAAUGAGGGAGAUGGAAGAGUUGUUAUGGAGGCUAUCCCACUGAGUUGAACCCCUUUUGUCUAACACAUUUCCAGCCUGGAAGGAAGGCUGCAGCAUCCUGCUGUCCUGCCCUGGGGCUAUUGUUCUCCACUGGUGCCUCAGAUACCCCCUGAUGCCCCAUGCCACCCCCCUGCUCCUGUAGCUCCAUCUCAAACCUACCUGAAUGUCCUCCCCCAUUCUAGAGCAUCCCUCUCACACACACACAUACACACACACACACACACACACACACCUACUCGUCUCCAAUGACAAUCUCUCGCCCUCCCAAGUGUUGGGGACUCCAAAGCCUUUACCUGUUAAAUGGAGGCAGAUGACAACUUUAACGAGAAAAAGAAAAAAUGCUGCUACAGUAUUUAAGUCUAAUUUUGUAUUCUUAUUCCUUUUGUGCACUGCAAGCUGUUUGUGUAUUUAAGGGAAUUUGAGACCAAACUCGAGCGAAAGGGAGAAAUCUGCUGUUUACUUGCUGUUGUAUCUUUUUGUGGAGCUUGAAUGUAAAUGUUAGAAAUGAAAUGGACAAGUGUGUUGGAGUAACUGGAAGACUUACGGUAAUAUUUGAUUAUGCGGUAACACUUGACACCCAGCACCAGUUGUGACAUAUAUUGUGUUAUUUUAUGGCUGGUUAUGACACCUACAUAAGAGUAAAAACACACAAAAACCUACCACAGUAGUUAUUUUAUGGCUGGUUAUGACACCUACAUAAGAGUAAAAACACACAAACCUACCACAGUAGUUAUUUUAUGGCUGGUUAUGACACCUACAUAAGAGUAAAAACACACAAAACCUACCACAGUCGUUAUUUUAUGGCUGGUUGUGAUGUUAUGUAUAUUUUUUUAAGUUGACUAUAUUUAAUGAACAUUGUAAUUUCGCACACAUUGAUGUCAGACAUGCACCUAACCCAAUGCUGAUGACUGGAUGAAUUCAGGAGAAGAUUUCAGGAGCAGGACAAAGACACCCUCUUUUUGACUGAUUUAAAGGGGAUGUAAAAUGAGCCUAUCUGGCUUAUAUGAUUAUGAUGGUCAUAAUGCUUCUUGACAGUGUCAUAAAGUGUAUUUUCUCAGUCCAAGUAAAGUGACACAGGGUGGCCGUAAUGCUUCAUGACAGUGAUGAUGAUGAAAAAUAACAUGACUGGAAAGAAUUAAUUACAACCUCAAAGGUUUCAAGAAACAAACAUUCAAACGAAAGGAAACAUCUUGUCAGGGAAAAAAGUAUACUUUUUUUUUUAGUUGUGACACUUAUGUAGGUGUCAUAACCAGUCAUCAAAUAACGAAACAGAUGUCACGACAGGUGUAAAUAUAUGGGUCAUGACAGUGUUAUGACCAUGUUAUGACAAGUGUUACCGUUUAUGUUAAUGCACAUUAGGUGGGUUGUGUACUUUUUCAUUCCUGCAAUGUGUCAUUUAAAAAGAAUAAUAAUAUGCACAGUUAAUGUGGUUCUGCUUUCAUCAAUGCUAUUCUCAAGUCCUGUCACAACUGUUUUAACAUUAGAGGUACCCCACUAUUUGUAUCGAGAAAGGUUUAUAACAGAUAAAUAAUUGUCGUUCGGACAUGCACCUGAUCAGAGGAGUCUUAAAAAAUGAUAAUAGAAUGGCUAACCAUCCAGACAAGGAAAGUUGUUUCCGCGUUUCCAAAUAGAGGGUUUUAUGCAAUGUUGUCAUAGAGUAUGACUUGAAAGAUCACUAGAAAGAACUUGAUGGCUGUUAGCUGAUGGGAGAGG